AUGCAUGGCUUCUCUAUUCGUACAGCACACCUUAUGCCCGUAUUUGGGCAUGAAUUUGUACCUACUUAUCUCUCUUACAUGCAGACCCUUGAUGCUUUCCGCACUUACCAUGUAAAUAAAUACAUUGAUCAUCAGGCAUUUGAGAUUGUCUGGUGA